GCAAAGCAUGCAGGAGCACGCGGCGCCACCAGACGAGCAGUUUCGAGCCCCAGCCCGAGCUCCUCGCGCGUCACUGCAGCCUCCCUCCGCGCGCCGCCCGCUUCCAUCGGCUUCUGCGUGGGCGAAGAACAGGCCAGCGAGCUUCUCCAAGAAAUCAAAUCCUCGCCUCACACCCGAACGGCCGGCGAGCCUGCCUGGUGGCAUCGUCGCGCGAAGGGACGAUGAAGCACACGACGUCGGACUCGGACGUGACGAGCCUGGCGACCACGUCGCCGUCGCGGUCCCCGAAGCGGGCGGCGUACUACGUGGUCAGCCCGUCGCGCGACUCGCGGGACGACGGCGACAAGUCGUCGUCCACGCAGGCCACGCCCGUGUACAACAGCCCCCUCGACUCCCCGUCGCACCACUCCUCCAUUGGCCCGCACUCCAGGGCCUCCUCCGCCAGCCGCUUCUCCGGGAACCUCACCGGCGGCGGCAGGGCCGCCGCCAACCGGAAGCGCCCCCACGGCCACGGCAAGGGGUGGCACGAGGUGGACGUGAUUGACGAGGAGGACGCCGAGGACGCCGGCGUGGAGCAGGAGCGGGAGCUCUCCAGGAGCUGCGUCGCCGCCUUCUGGUUCUCGGUUCUGGUCCUGGCAUUCACCCUCGUCUGCCUCGUCGUCUGGGGCGCCGCCCGCCGUGACAAACCCAGCGUCCUCGUCAAGAGCUUGAGAGUGGAGAAUUUCUACGCCGGCGAAGGGACGGACGGCACCGGAGUGCCGACCAAGUUCGUCACAAUGAACUGCUCGCUGGAGAUAGACGUCCACAACCCCUCCACCAUGUCCGGCAUCCAUGUUUCUUCCACCUCCAUCCAGCUCUACUAUUCACAGAUACCCAUCGCCAGCGGUCAGUUGGAGAAGUUCUACCAGCCGAAGAAGAGCCGGCACGUCGCAUCGGUGACCCUGCACGGCGAGAAGACGCCGCUCUACGGAGCCGGGGCUACCUUUGUCCUCACCAACACCGACGGCGUGCCGCUCACCGUGGACUUGGCGGUGAGGACGAGAGGGUAUGUCAUCGGCAGGCUUGUCAGGGUGACACACGCCAAGCGUGUGCGAUGCCCGGUUCUUGUGAGCUCUCUUACCGACAAGCCCAUCAUGAUCGCCCAGACUGCUUGCAGCUACUCUUGAUUUGGUGAUCAAUUGCUUGAGAUGUUAUUAGUUUAAAAAGUAAGUACUAUAAUGGUUGUGAUCGUGUAGAUAUUGUUGUGAUGUUCAUGACAUAGGAACCAUCUGAUUAAUAAUUCUUCAGCAUCAGUGUUUGAUUGAGAGCAUAGCAUUCAGUUGGUAUCAUAGAUCACACAUGCUGUUUGAGGGGAGUUUGCUCUGUGGAAC